UACGUACACAAAUAAUAUAAAGGCAUUGUGUUUGAAUUAUUUAUUUUGUAAUACGCAAACAAGUAACUAAACUUUUUAUUCGUCGUUAUUACCUUACAUUUUACAAAUAGUUUAAUUUCGAUAUGAGUAAUAAUAAUAAAUCAGCGUUAUUUGCUUGCUCGAAGUGUUUCAAACGGUACCCGUAUGAAGAUUUGUCGUCUGGGCAACAGCUCUGUAAAGAAUGUCGUGGAUCAUAUCCUGUAGUCAAGUGUACUUAUUGUCGGUCCGAAUUCCAACAGACUGAUAAAUCAAACACAAGUACAAUUUGUAAAAAAUGUGAACAAUUUGUUACUCAAUAUGGUAGACCAACAGCAUGUAGUUACUGCAACAUAAUAGCUGCAUUCAUUGGCCAAAAAUGUCAACGAUGUGCAAAUUCUGAACGAAAAUAUGGGCCACCUGUAACUUGUGAUCAAUGCAAACAAAAUUGUGCAUUUAAUAGAAAAGACAUGGACUGUGAAUUGCUUGAUGGAAAAGUAUUAUGUUGGUUAUGUACUUUAUCAUUUAAACGAGCUUUAGCAAAAACAAAAAAAACUGAUGCUGAAAUGAAAUUAUUAGUAAAGAAACGUGAUGGGUCAAAAAAUAGGAAAACUAAACAUGCCAAUGUAAUGAAAGUAAUUGAUGAUAGUGGUCCAGAUUUUGCUUUUCCCCCACCUUCAAAAAUGCAUCGAAAUUCUCAUAGGCAUGUUGAUGUAAAUUCAGAUAACGUAGUGGUUAUUACUGAUCUUAAAGAACAAAUAGCCAUGUUACAAAAACAAUCUAAUCAAAAGAGUUGUCAACUAUUAAACAAAGAAAAAUUUAUUACCGAAUUGAAGGCCAAACAUUUUACAACAGAAAAUGAAUUGCGCACUAAAAUGAAUUCAGAUAAAAAGGAGUAUAGUAGAGAAGUAGAAAUGUUACAUAGUAAAAUCAAGUGUUUGCAGAAAGAAGUUGCCACUUUAUCCAAAAGUGGUGGUAAACGUGGUGUUCAUCUUCGUAAAGAACAUGAUAGUGGUAGUGGUACUGAUAGUCCAUCUGUUUCAUAAUUUUAGUGUUGUAAGUACUACCAAGUUCAUAUUAUAUUUGGUAUGUACUUUGUGAUUUAUUUAGUGAUAUACAAUUUUUUUAAUUUAAUCAUUGUAUAGAUAUAAUACAUUUAUGUAAUCUAUAUAAUUCUAACCUAUUUUCAAAGUAACUGAUUAGUUUAUUAUAAAUUAAUCAUAUUUCAAUUUUGUUUGAAUACAUUUUCCUUUUACUCUACAUUUAAUAAUUGCUCAUCUAAAAUACUGUUACUA